CUUAUUACCGCCGACAACUCGUACAGUCGUGAUUCGUACGUGAUAUCGCGAGGAUGGAGCGAUGGACAGGAAAGGUAGCCGUUGUUACAGGUGCCAGUGCAGGUAUUGGAGCUGCAAUUGCAAAACAAUUGGUUCAAAACGGUAUGGUGGUGGCGGGUCUCGCGCGAAGGGUGGAGAAAAUCAAAGAAUUGGCACAGGGUCUGGAAGAAUGCACGGGCAAACUUUAUCCCGUCGAAUGCGACGUUUCCAAGGAGGAAAGUGUAGUCGCAGCAUUCGCAUGGGUACAAGAGAAUCUUGGACCAGUAAACGUAUUGGUAAACAAUGCUGGAAUGACCAAAGAAUCUUCGUUGAUAGAUGGCAAUCUAGAGGAUUGGCGUACCGUUUUCGACGUGAACGUUUUUGGACUAUGUCUCUGUACCAAGGAAGCAGUUCGCAUGAUGCGAGAAGCAGGAGGAGAAGGUGUGAUCAUCAAUGUAAACAGUCUUGCAGCUGAACGAGUGCCUUUUAUUCCUGGAUUCUCUGUUUAUCCAGCCACGAAGAGAGCUAUCACCGCUCUGGCUCAGACUUUACGACACGAACUCACUGGAACCCAAAUAAGAGUCACGGGUAUCAGUCCGGGAUUAGUUGCCACAGAGCUGAUGAAGUCUUACAGUACAUACUCUGAAGAGGCACUCGCAUCUUUCCCUACAUUAGACCCAGAAGACGUUGCUGCAGCUGCAGUUUAUAUUUUAACCAAUGGCCCACACGUUGUUGUUCAGGAUAUCGUUUUGCGACCUUUGGGCGAAUCUUGGUAGCGAUGUUACAUCAAAUUCGCCAUUAAAAUUACUAUAAUAAUUAAUUUCCUUGACUAAAUUCUUUGCAUAUACACCUAGUGAAUGCAUAUAAUAAAUUAAUAAGCAUCAAAAUUGAAGUUUGCCAAGACACGUAGCGUUUCAUCAUUGUUUUCACGAUUAAUCCCCAAUGCGACGCAUUUAAAUUCCUUUACAAUCUGUUUGUCACCAUCAGCCAAGAAAAACAGCUGACAAUAAGUGAUAUAACCUGUAUUUUCAUCGUUCUUUAUUUAAAUGUCCCUCUGUUGACGACGUGCUUCGCAAUGGAGAUAAUUGAUUUGGCCAAUAAAAGGCAAGCCUUCAUGCCACCCGAAUGUCGUUACUUGACUCCCCAUAAAGAAGUCAUGAAAGUGAGAUACAUUUAUAUGGUUUUCUUUAAUCAAACGCCCAGAGAUUCGAAUAUAGUAGAAAAUACGUAGGUGUAUGUAUGUUAAACAAUUCACGAAAGCAAACGAUUAAAAACAGCUUCGCGAAUUGUGGACAUACUACAAGCCGCUUAGCAAGAACAAGGAGAUUCAACAAGCGAGAAAUUUGUACCAAGAAGCAACUAAGCUUAUGCAAGAGGAAGAAGAAGAGCUUAAUAAUGUUUUUCGCUUAAUUACCAAGGGGCUAAUUUUAAAUCCAAAGUUUCACCCACUUUAUGCCUUGAAAGGCGAUCUAUACAUGCGUCAAGGUACACUAUAGAUUCUCCAUUAGAAUUAGAAUUCAAUUAUUGUUAUUAAAGAUAAAAUAUUGCAAAAUAAAUAGGGCUUUCAUUGCGAUUCAAAUAUCAGAAUUUCUCGAGUAUUUUAACUUUGUAUUGUUUUUCAUCCAAAAACCGUUUACUCGUAAACGCUCGCAGUCCAUUCUUCGUCCGCUUGCUAUCCUCUUGCAGUUCAUUUUCCGUCUGCUUACCGUCCGCUUUACCAUCCACUCGCCGUCUGCCUCUUGUCCACUUCUCACUCCACAUAUAUAUUACUCUAAUUAAAAUAUAAUUGAAAUAUGUUAUUACUAAUUAAAAAUACUGUGAGUAGAAUUAGUAAAACUUAAACUAGCUUGCGUUCUUUAUUACCGUGUAUCAAAUGACCUAACAAUAAACCUUAACUGUUAA